UGUAUUUUAAUUUCUUUCGUUGUUUUGAAUACAUUAUUAUGAAUUAAAAUUUAAUGAAAUAAUUGGUAAAUUGAUAAUUGUUGGACAUGCACGAUAUACUCAAUCAUCCUAUACACUGAUGACCCCUACAUUAAAGGUUGCACAUAUCCGGUUUGGUGCUUCAAUCGUCCGAAGAAAGAGGACUUUGCGGUAAUAAAACAUGACCGAAUACUGCAAUAAUUAUAAAAAUUAUUAUGAUUAUUAGACCUUGCCGCAGUUUGCAAUAAAUAGCUGUAGGUACACAGGUCAAUUAAUAGCAACAAUUAAAUUAUCUUGUGACAUCACGUCAAAUACUUCCAAUUUCUUUUUCGUUGUAUGAAAUUUUUAAGUCGCAGAAACUCUUGUCUUUCUUAAUUUUAUAUUAAUUAUUUUGCAAUGUUCUUUUAGUAAUUGAACUGAUUCACAUGGAUAGUGAUAUCACACUGAUGUUAUCUACUGCUACUGAAAAUGGAAAGAGACACCUUCGACUCUGUAAUACUGAUAACACAAGUGGAUACUCCAUAAUUAAAAAAAAAGAAACUGCUCAGAUUGCUUUGGACACCAGUUACGCCGUUUAUAAAGAAACUACAGAGCCAAUAACGAUUGAAAAAGCACACAUUGAAUUCCCUACGUCCUUUUUUGCCCAGUUUUGGAUCCUUUUGAAGAGGAUGAUGCUGAUCAGAAGCAGAAGUCAUACAGCUUUAAAGGUUCAACUGGUACAUCAUAUUUUAUCGGGUCUAUUGGUAGGAAGCAUCUUUUACAAAGUUGGACAAAAUGGUUCUUUAGCUAUUUCUAAUUUCUUCUUUUGCCUGUGCGAAAUCGUUUUCUUCAUGUAUACCCACACUAUGACGUCCGUUUUAAUGUUUCCAACCGAAGUACAAAUUGUAAAACGAGAAUAUUUUAACAGAUGGUACUCCCUAAAAGCAUAUUACGCUGCUGUUAUAAUUAGGAAUUUACCUUUGGUGGUAAGUGAAAAUGAAAAAUUAUAUUGGCCCUUACGGCUACUAUUAAAUUAACGAUUUUAUGGUGUUUAUUU